UGCCGGAAAUUGACGAUGGGUGAAAACAAUAUGGCGGGAUGUGAUGAAUGAAGAUUUCUUGCCAUCGAUUAUUUCAUCGUUUAAUUCAACAAAAUGACAUGACAGAUUUGUAGUGCAAAACUUGUGACAUCAAGCUAUACAUACUGCAGAAACCAUGUGUGACCACUGUGCAGAAGUUCUUCAGUUAAUCGAAAGUUACGAAGAACGAUGCCUGGUUGGUGGAUUUCAUAUGAACAAAAGAGAAAUUCUCUCUUUUGUGAGCUAUGCCAACACAUGGCCUCAAAGACAAUGCAUGUGCUGUUUCAAGAAUUUAAAGAACUUCGAGAAACUGAACAACAUGGUUCAAGUAAUAUGCAGUGUUGCUAUUCGAGUUAUUCAAACCAUGCCAGAGGAUUUUAACAAAGAACAACAGAAAGAACUUGAUAUAAACAACAAGGACAAAAAAGAGAAAGUAUCAGAGGAUAAAGAAGAGCCUGCCAUGCAAGAUGAUGGAAAAGUUGGCGAAAAGGAGGUAGCUAUGGAUACAGACGAUGAAAUGGAGGAUCCAGAGAGAUGGACUAUGGAGGAGAAAGAGAAACUUCUGCACUUCGUCACCAAAAUCUUUCUGUUGAACUUUCCUUCCUAUAUGGCCUACAAACACAUGUACCACUCAUCACUAGAGGAAUUAUCACAGCAAGAGACCAGUGCUUUGAAUAACUAUUGUGAAGUGUCGGACCCAGAAGUUCCAUUGUUUCUCUUGAGAAAUGUGUGCUUCUUCUGUGACAGUAAUGGAAUUGGUGCCCUAAAGCAGUGUUUUGAUAAAGCCACUCCAGAUACCCUGCCAUUCACAUUUGCCCACAUUCUCAUCACCCUCAUUGCUAAUUUACGUCUCUGGAUGAACAUCCCAACAGUGAUGCAGUACAUAGUUCCUCUCAGAACUGUAGUGAUAAGAUACAUGUGUAAACUGUCUGACAAAGACCUGAGAAUGGCGGGGAACCGUAAUAUGACGGAGCUGAUGUGGGCAGCAGUCAAGGAGCCUCUGGAGACCCACUUCCAGUUCGACAAGGAGGGGUUGGACCUGGCCUUCAAGUACUUCACCUGUUCCACUCUCACUAUAAGGCUGGCCGGGAUAGCUCAAAUCAAUAAUCAAAUUAAUCUGUACAAUGAAAGCUGCAACAAUGAGACACUGAUGGAUACUGAAAGUUACGUGGAGAGAGUAGGGCAUCAGCUAUCACAGUGGCUUCUCGACAACAAAAUCAUUGAACACAUCUUUGGUCCUAAUCUACACAUUGAGAUUAUCAAACAAAGUCAGUUGAUAUUAAACCUGUUAGCUGUGGAAGGAAAGAUCACAAAUGACCACAUCGACUGUAUAUGGGCUUCCAGCCAGCUGAAGCACUGCAGUAAACAAGUGUACGACAUCUUGAUCCCACUGAUAAAGAACCUGGAGCUUCAACCCGUACAGCAUCUCCUGAAACUUGUGUCUGGCCUGGAGCCCACCGCUCACAAUGAAUCGACCCUGUACCUGGCCUCGGCUCUGGUGAAGUGCGUGUGGAACACCUGUGCCAUCAGCCAGUCCUCCUCCUCCACCCACCACCACGGACCCCUCCCCGCCACGCUGGCCUCGCUGCAGCACGAGGAGGACCAAAUCCAUCACGGAAAAGUAGGGAAACACGAGGUGAGCAGCAGUGACAGUAUUCAGGUCUCUGACGAUGAAGGACACCUACAGCUGGUAGAUGUACAGGUCAGAUCCCCAAAGAAAGUACAGAAGCUGAUAAUCCGCCAUGGAAGAAUACACAAACAUCACCAUGGUCACUGUUGUCAUGGAGACCAUGAAGAGGACUCGGAUGAAGAGUGUCACGUCCACAGUGAUGGGAGUGAGGCAGACUCAGAGUGUGAUAGACAUGUUCCUCACCCAAGAAGGGUUCCACAUGUGACUCAAGAAAGUGAGGGCAGUGAAAGUGAGGUGGAUGAAGAAUCAAGUGAAGAAGAGGAGGAGUUGGAGGAAGGAGAGAUUCUACAGAAUCGCCUCAAUCAGCAAAGGAUGAUGGGUGUCCAAAGACAGGGAGGGUUCGUCAAGGGUCGACCCCACUUCCAUCCUCAGCGGACUCAGGCUUCCUCAGAGGAAGAGGAGGAGGAGGAAGAUGAUUCCGAAUACAUUGACUCUGAGGAAGAGGAACAUAUCAAGGAGGCCCGGAUUGUACAGAUGAAGCACAUGCAACAACAGUCCCAGGAAAGUGAGGAGAGCUCUGAAUUUGAGGACGCUUUGCAUGAUGGGAAAAUGAGUCAUCAGAUGGCUCAGAAAAUUCUGCAGAAGCAUCAUCUGCAAGAACAGCGAAGACAGAUCCAGCUGCAGCAAAGUCAUCAGAGGCAGAGGCGAAGGAGGAUGGCUGGAAAUGUGAAGGAGAGCCCGGCAAAGAAGGAGGGGAAGAAACUAUUGAGACAGGGGGAGAAUGAGGAUGAUCAAAAAUCCACACCUGGGGGAUCAGGUGACAAAACCCUGGAACACUUACCAGCAGGAGAUUCAAUCUCAAAACAGAAGAUGGAGGAGCUUGAGACGGGAAGUCUGACUGCCACCCUGGAGCAUGGACCCAGUGGAGACCAGGAAACAGAAAUAUUUGACUGCACUCAGUUCAUACAGACAGCUCAAAGUAAAAGGCGGCAGACUGUUGAAGGUGAAGAAGUGGAAGGAAUCUUGUCCCCUGAUGAGGGCGAAGGAAGUUGUCGUAGUUCCCGCAUGAGUACCAAGUCAGAGAAGAACAUGGCCGACUUUGAGGGGGAGGAGUUUAUCAGUGACGAGGAGUUGGCACGGAUUAACGGUCCAUACAGUCAGCACCAGAUGCAGCAGCACCUGUCCAGUCUGGCCUCCAUGUACCAGACCCACCUACCGCAGGGCAAAGCCGCUGUACUUCACCACCGGCCUCCUGUGAAGGACUCAAGCUUCAUGACCUACUCAGAGUUUUCUAUAGAUAGCGUGUGCAAGAAAGGCAGCACUCUUCUGUGGGACUUAGUACAGGAGGAUACAUGUAAUCUGCUGCCGGAGGGAUUGGCUAAUGAGGCAGAAAAAGCCCUCUGCACCUUAGUGUGCUAUUCCACAGAUCGUAGAAUUCGAAUGAAAUUUAUAGAAGCAUGUAUAGAAAAUCUUGCCCAUAAUCGGUCUGUUGUAGUGUCGCUGAGAUUAUUACCAAAAGUGUUCAGUUCCUUCCAACAGUUUCGUGGGGGUGCCGAUACCCACCAUAUAACCCUGUGGGCAGAGAAAGAGUUGAAUAUGAUGUCCCACUUUUUCAUCAAUCUUGUUCACUAUACGGAAAAAGUUCAAGCUGGGGAGAGAAAUCCAAUGUAUAGUCACAAAGAGGAGAUACAAGUACGACUGCUGUUCCUGACUUGUGUGUUUUCUUCCAUUGUUUCUCCUGAUGGAUUUCGUCUGAAUCUGGAGCAGGUAGACACUCUGUGGCGCUGUGUGGCCCUGGACAGUGAGUGUUCGGACGACUGCCUAAACUGGUUCCUCAACCAGGCGAAGAGCAAGGACCAUCAUGCUCUCUGUCUGGAGACAUUCAAACAUAUAUUCCUGGAAAAGAUGUCCCAGUUGAAAGCAGAGAGCAUGAGUAUGGUAGGGCUGAACCUGUUCCAACAGCUGUCUCAUCUCACCAGGAUGGCCAAUUCCUCCUUUGAUGAGCAGCUCUCUGAAGAUCAGGUGUGUGGUAUGGACCAGCUGUGGAGUAUCGCCCUCAGGGCCAACAAUACAGAUGUUAGUAUGACAGCCAUCCAGAUUCUGAACAACUAUUACAUUAACUAUGGUAAUGGUCACCUGGAAAAAGAGGCAGAAUUCAUACAGCGCUGCAUGGACAACUUGACAAAUGCUCUCACAGAUAUAGAAUCUAAUCCAGAGAGACAUUUACUGGUGAUUCAGAGGGGCCUAGUGCUACUAAAGAACCACUUGGAGGCCUUCAGGAAGCGGUAUGCCUACCACUUGAGGAAUUGGCAUAUAGAGGGCAAGGGAAUCAGGAGCCACCAGCGAAACAUCCAGGACAAGCAGUCCACCCCGCUCCGCCUUGUGCUACAGCCGGCGGGAAUGGCAGAUAAGACACAGCUAGAAAUGGUGACCACAGACUUGGUGGCAGAGCUUCGGGCGGAAGUGGCGAGAUGGUGGGAUGGUUUACACAAGCAGCAGAUGGCACGCCAUCAGGCUGAGAGUGGUGGUCAUGGUAAUGCCAUGCUGUCUCCCAUUCUUGGUGCCAUGUUAGGGGAUGGACCAAUCAGAAUGAUCACCCUGGGCCAGGAACUGACUGUAGAUAUGGAUGAGAAAUCCUUAGGGGAGUUACAAUUUAAAGACAACCAGCUGGUGUUUGUGUCAGUUGGAGCCAGCCGCCCACCGCGUAAAACUGACGGCAGCUUGUCGUCAUCCAGCCUGCCUUGCCCAGUCCCUGAGCGACUUCCUGUCAUGUUGCUGAUCCGAGAACCACACUUCAACAAGCUGUUCCUUUUGCUGGAGCAACUUAGCAAGCUACAGUUCACCAUUCCCACAAUGGACAGUCAGGAACGCUGGGGACUACAGACCAAGGCGAGAGUGCUGUCCAGGAAGGUGUGGGAGUUACUGAUGUUACUGCCAACCAAUCAAAACAUGUGGGACGGGUUCCAGAGCCUUGUGUCUGAGGAGUGCAGUGAACAGACAGUGAUUUGGGACAAGUUGCUGGAUUCCAAGAGCCCACACAAACUGAUGUAUUCGUUGCAGAUUGUGGAGGCCCUGUCCAGGGGAUCAAAACACAGAAGAAGGUCCAUUAUGAGGGCAGGGGGUGGAGACUCGAGGACCAUGAGCACAGACUCUGACUUUGACUCACAAGAUGAGGAGAUAUGGAGCAUGAAGUUCAUAUCGAAAGGUGGAUUAAAGCACUUGCUUAGCAUCUUCAAAUCUGGGAGUCUGCAAGCUCAAGAGGACGAAGCCUGGAGUCAGUGGAAUCAGGAAUGCCUGGCCUACUUGCUGCGAUUAAUCAGCCAGUUCUCUGUGGAGCUGUCUGAUGCAGAAGCCGGCCAUGAUGAUGUGUUUGAGUCGUAUGAGAGCCCCAGGAAGAAGAUGAAGAGACAUAAAGGAGGAAGUGAGAGAAUAAUCAUACCCAGGCUUAAUCAGUCCACUCUUGCCAUGCUGAACAUGGACUCAGUCCUGAAAAUCCUGAUGCAGAUUCUGUAUGAUGCUGCAGUGCCAAGUGACUCCAAUCAGGUCCACACAGGAACUUGGGGCAGAGCUGAAGUGGUGCAUUAUUCGCUGUCUUUCCUGGUGUCUUGGGCCUACUCCUGUGAUGAGGUCAAACAAGCCCUCUGUAGGUCCUCAAACUUUGUGAACUGGUUGAAGAGGCUAACUCUCCAGGCCCCUGAGCCGUUUGUGAGACGAGAAGCAUGUAUGGGUCUGUAUCGUCUUUGUCUUGGAAAAACGGCAGAUGGAAAAACUGGAUACACCCUGCUGUUGCCAACCUUAGCCAGCUUGCUUAGCUUCCUUGAGGAUGCAUUGUCCAUAAAACCAGUGAAGAAUCUUGAGGUUGAGGGUUUAAAAGAGAAAGAGAAGGAACCCCCAGGCCCGGGUUGUCGAGACUAUUUCUGGCUGGUGUGUCGCUUUGUGGACAGUAUAUCCAAGGAGGACGGCAAGUCAGAUUCUCAGGACAGCAUUGUCAACCUGAAUCAGCUGGCCAAACAGAUAUCACAGCAUGUGUUGGACCGCCCGUUCUAUGAGACGCGGCAUGGGUUUGAGGAGGACGAUGGCUUGAUUGGGGUGUUGAACCUGUGUACUGCCGUAAUCAAGCACAAACCACCAUUCAAAUCCUCACCUGAAGGCCAGAAAUUCUUGGAUGAAGUGUUUUGGCUCUUGUUUGCCCUGCCUUCGCCGACCAAGCGAUAUCUGCCAAAAUGUAAAAGUCAGACUGCUCGGUCCUCUGCCUACGAUCUCCUUGUGGAGUUUGUUAAAGGUUCCGUGGAAAACUACCUGUUUCUGCAUCAGAGGAUGCUUCAACAGCACACAAAGGAUUCCCAUGCUGCCUACCUGUGGGACUACUGGCCCCAUGAUGAUGGGCGGUCCAAAUGUGGCUACGUGGGGUUGACUAACCUGGGUGCCACCUGCUACAUGGCUACCUGUAUGCAGCACCUGUACAUGAUCCCCCAGGCCAGGCAGUCCGUGCUACAGGCCAAGUGUUCCAACUCCAACCGCUACAAGGGCACGCUGAUGGAGCUCCAGAAGAUGUUUGCCUAUCUACAGGAAAGUGAGAGAAAGGCUUACAACCCGCGCAGUUUCUGUAAGACCUACACCAUGGACAAGCAGCCAUUGAACACAGGAGAACAGAAGGACAUGACCGAGUUCUUUACCGAUCUUAUCAGUAAACUGGAGGAGAUGUCUCCAGACAUGCAUACCCUGGUGAAGAAUUUGUUUGGCGGUGUUUUAACCAACAAUGUUGUAUCCUUGGACUGCCCACAUGUUAGUAGAACUCUGGAGGAAUUCUACACUGUCCGAUGUCAGGUCACAGAUAUGAAGAAUCUCUAUGAAUCACUUGAUGAGGUGACGGUGAAAGACAUGCUGGAAGGAGACAAUAUGUAUACAUGUUCAAAGUGCCAAAAGAAAGUCCGAGCCGAAAAGAGGGCCUGUUUUAAGAAACUUCCCCGGAUCCUCUGUUUCAACACAAUGCGCUACACAUUUAACAUGGUGACCAUGAUGAAGGAGAAAGUAAACACUCACUUUUCUUUCCCUCUCUGCCUGGACAUGUCCCAGUACAUGGAGAAAAACCUGAUGGGACCAGAUAAACUAAGAGAUGAUGAUGAGGAUGAUAAGUUCCUGGUACAGAGUGAGGAGGAUGAUAUAUACGAGUACGAGCUGAUCGGAGUGACCGUACACACUGGGACAGCUGACGGCGGCCAUUACUACAGCUUUAUACGGGACAAGCUGCACAAGUCAGAGAGUGGGCAGGAUAAAUGGUAUCUCUUUAAUGAUGCUGAAGUUAAACCAUUUGAUCCGAGUCAGAUCGCAUCCGAGUGUUUUGGUGGGGAAGUCACCAGUAAAACAUAUGACUCUGUCACAGACAAAUUCAUGGACUUCUCAUUUGAAAAGACAAACAGUGCAUACAUGUUAUUCUACGAGAGGAAGCCGAUAAGUAGUAGGACAGAGGAAGAGCUUCGAAUCAUAGAUCAGGAUCCACCACCCAAGUUUAACUUUGAGUUGACGAAAGAACUUGGAGAAUGGAUAUGGCAAGAUAAUACCCAAUUUUUACAGGACAACAACAUCUUUGAGCAUACCUAUUUUGGGUUCAUGUGGCAGAUCUGUGGAUACAUUCCUACCACUUUACCAAAGGACCCCGAUACCCAGGUCUCCCUGAAAGCUGCACAACUCAGUACUUCCUUUGUGUUGGAAACUUUAAUUCAUUCUAAAGAAAAGCCCACCAUGCUCCAAUGGAUUGAACUUCUGACAAAACAGUUCAACUCAUGUCCAGCUGCUUGUGAGUGGUUCCUGGAUCACAUGGCAGAGAGUGACUGGUGGCCACAACAAAUACUCAUCAAGUGUCCCAACCAGAUGGUUAGACAGAUGUUCCAGAGGCUUCUUAUCCACGUUAUUUCACAACUGAAACCUGCUCAUAUGGAGCUGUACCUGCAGCCUCUGAUUGAAAGUGAUGAUGGAGAGAUUGACAUUUCCGAGCUUGGAAGUAAAUCAUGCGUGACCAGAUUUAUUAAGAAGAUGCUCUCCAUUUUGGAUCAUGGAGUUCGCCCCCACAGUAAGUUCCUGACUGAGUACUUCGCCUUCCUGCUGGAGUUUGCCAAGAUGGGAGACGAGGAGAGCUUCUUCUUGAUCAAUGUGAAUGCCAUAUCCACCAUGGUCAACUUCUAUCUGGGACAGAAACAGGCAGAAACCUAUGUUGAGAUUCCGUCUGAUGAUGAAGAGGAAGAAGUGAUCACCAUAACAGAGGAAACCUACAAGCCCAUGUCUCUAGAGAAGAUGGUGACAUUGAUCGCCAUCCUAGUGGAGAAAUCUCGCGGAGAGAACAACCAGCUACACAUCUCCGACAAGGACUACUCGGCCAUCAUUGGGGGGAAAGGCUUCCCCUUCCUGUUCAAUCAGAUUCGGGACAGCAUCAAUGUCAGGCAAACCUGCAAUCUCUUGUUCAGUCUCAGUCGAUGGAAUGAACAGCUAGCCAUUGCUCUGGUCCAAAUGGUAUUUAAUGCUAUCAAGAAGUUGAAUUUUGAGCAUUCCCAGCCCUUCUUCAAGCUGAUGUCCAUGUUGGUCGAGUUUGGAGCAGGACCCCCCGGGCUUCCUCCCUUCACCCAAUAUGUACUGCAAAAAUUCUGGGAGCUGACGAAAUGCUGUCCCCAGCCCUGCCUGGAGUGGAUGGCAGCUCAGGUGACCAGAAAUCGGCUGGCCAGCCAGUGGGUCCUCAGUCAGAUGGACAUCUGGGUGGAGCCGUAUCUCCUGGGAAACAACAACGCCCGGGUUCGUAGUGCGGCCGCCUGUCUGUUGACGUCCUUGGUACCGAGCACCCACUUCAGGAACACGUUCAGACAGAACAGGAACCUGCUAAGUCCUCAUAAGGAAAUGACAAUGUCCACAGAGGCCAUCAUUGUACUUCAUCAGAUUUAUGAACAUCUGCUAAGUCUUUUGGUACGAGCAAGGCUUUAUGCAGAUGCUCAGAGUCAUGGAACCACAAAACUGAUCAGCUAUUUUGCAGUGCUCACAUUUUGUUUGAUCUCAAAAACAGAGAAACUGAUGUUCAACAAGUACUUCCUGGAUCUGUGGAAUCUGUUUCAACCCAAGCUGUGUGAGCCCCAGAUCUCCAUGCAUCACAAUAAACAGGCACUUCUGUUUUUCUGGUAUCAAGUUUGUAUGGAUUGUCCAGAGAAUAUCAAAUCCAUUGUUAGCAACUCAAAUGUGUGCAAACAAAUUGCCUACAAUUAUAUUUUAGCUGACCAUGAUGACCAAGAUGUGGUGAUGUUUAAUCGCAUAAUGCUGCCGUCGUACUACGGAUUGCUGCGGAUGUGUUGCCAGCAGUCACGCACUUUCACACGACAACUCGCCCAGCAUCAGAACAUCCAAUGGGCCUUCAAAAACAUCUCCUGUCAUCCGGCUCAGUACACAGCAGCAGUGGAAGAGCUGUUUAAGAUGAUGAAGCUGAUGUCCACGAAGUACCCAGAUUCCUCGGAAGAGGAAGUCCAGGCUGUGAAUCAUUUCAAGCGGACUACAAUUCGUUUAUACCUGGAUUUCCUGGACGCUCGCUCGGGCUGGCAGACUCUUAUUAGUGCUUUGAAGAUUUUGAUUGACAAUCAGGACGACAGAUUACUGCUGCUGUAUCACAAAGGCCUACAGAUGAUAACCGAGGCUUUUAACACACUACAUGCCAUGUACCAUGAAGCCACUGCCUGUCAUGUAACAGCAGACAUUGUAGAUCUUCUAGGAAUACUCCUCCCUGUGCUCAAGGUAGCCCGGUAUUACCACGAACGGAAAGGCUCGGCGUCCAAUGAUAUGAACACUGUCCUACAGAACUGGAAAGAGAGGAUGGACUUCACCAAGAAGUUACUGACACUGCUUAAUUCAUACACACCCCCUGAUAUAAGGACCAGUGCUAUAGAUGUUCUACGUGAAAUGGUGCUAACCUACCAGAGUGAAUGUGUUCAUACAAUUGUUCCUGUCCUCACACAAGUCCAUCUAGCUUUCCAAGAAAGCAACAUACCUGUAUCCUCCCCCGGACCCUAUUUCCCUCGACGAGGCCAGAAGCCGAUUGGUCCAAAGUCCAACAUCCGUCCACCGCGCCCCCAGUUCAACAUGAUGUUACAUUCUAGUCAGAUAGAGGCCACAAAGGGAGUAGAUGAGAUGUACGAUGCUGCCUUGGCAGAAUUCUUCACUCCGUACCACAUGUUGGUGGAUCUCAUUUGCAGAGUGGCUGUCAAUCACCAAAGUCUUUCAGAACCCAUCAUCAACUUAAGUGCUAUGGUUGCCAUUGAAGGAGUUCCUUUGCAUUCUCCAUAUUUUGCCAAGUUGUGGUUUGAAAUCUACCAUUCUGAGGUUGAUAGAGCAUGCAUCAGGACCCUGUGUAACUGUAGCUACUUCAUUGAGUAUGUGGACUCAGUAUUACUGGACGAGAGGCUAUCCCUGAACAACUCCAACAUCUACCAGUUCUUCUGUAACUUCUUUCCAAAGGUUCAUCAACAAGUGUUGAGUGACCAGGGCCGGUCUUUGUUGGACAGUCUCGUGGCAUCAGUCACUGCAGAGAAAGCUGCCAUAGAAAACGUUCGCUACGAAAAGGAACUCAUUAGUAUAUGUCAGAGAGUAACUGGGGACUUGAGGGCCAUGCUGUUGAUAUUUUCGGUACAACCACCUAAGAAGCUGAACUCUCUGCUGGAGGACAGCCUACACUACAUUCUACAGGUGUGUCGGGAUCACCAGAAACAACAAGAGGUGGUGUCACAGUCCCAACCCCCCUCACUCAAACGCUCCAACUCUGAUCAGGGGCAGAGGCGGAAGGAAGACGACAAAGAGCAAGAAACCCCAUCCAAAAAACGUCGUGUAAGUGCUGACGAACAAAAAGAGAAAAAGACCGAGGACGAUAAGGCUGAGGAGCAGGGCAAAGAGUCUAGUUCAGAGCAACCUGCUAAGGAGUCCUCUGAGGGCAAAGUCGAGAGUAGUGCAGGAGAGGGCAGUCAAAGUGUAAAGAGUCCAGAGCAAAAUGAGGAACCUGAGGUCACACAGACGACAGAGGUCAAGGAUGAGGAUGAACCUUGUUCCUCAGGUCAAGGUCAGAAAUCUGAGGCGGCCAACAGUGAGGAAACACCUCGCAGAAAGAAUGCCAGCAUGGUGGACAUGGUAGCGAAACAUAUAGAGAACUUGUUCACCCUGAUUGAAAAGAAACAGUAAAAUUGUUGUCAUAGAUUCAUCAUAUUUCACAAUGUUUGUGGAAGGAAGAAAAAAGAUGCUGGCUGGUAUUCUUUUGGCUGAAACAAACCAAACCUUUACAAGACUUUAAACGCCAGAAGCGCUGGAACAGCAAUUGUAAAUAUGUGUAAUGAUGGGAUGAUUAUAUUUAUUCUCAUGAUGUAUUGUUGACAAUGUACUAAUUAUGUCAUGUACAUUUGUGAAAUCUGCUUACAAUUGAUUUGAUGAACUGAGGGUACCUAUGUUGAGGAUUAAGUGACUUAUAGAAGCCAACAUUUUCUUUAUCUCUUCUCAUCAUCAAAACAUACUACUGGAAAAAAUGUUGACUUGUGAAUUCAUCCUUUGCUACAUUGCUAGUGUUGCUAACCACUAGAAAAAAAGGGGGGUUGUAGGAACUAACUAUAAUGGCCACAAUAAGGGUCCAAAUGAUUAAAAAAGGGGUAUAUAACAAAGAGUGCAUAAUUUUUUUUAAAAUGAAAUAACGAAGAACAAUAAUUGCUAACCUGCUUUUUGUCCAUGUUGUAUUGCAGAUCGUGACAAGUUCUGUGCACCUUGUGGGUGCUAUUAAAAUAUCACUGCCAAAUGUGUACACCGUACACAAUGCCAGUUGUAUAUCCGAGUUGGAUGCCAUGUCCAUGAGGUGAAGAUGAGAGUGUGGGAGCGAGAGAAAGAUUGUUAUGUGUCUUACCACGGUUUUGUAUUUGAUGUGUGUUGUUAUACUUGUUCUCUUCAAUCUUCAUACCAAAAAAAAAAUGAACCAAAAUUAAAAAUACAUUAAUAGGA